UGCUCUCGGUGGAGACCGCCCCGGCGGACUGCGGCCUCCGGCCCCGGGACCCUCUAACCCGCGUCGCUCCUCGUCUGCAUCCCCGAGGGAGGACUCCCGGAGACCGAGCUCUGCACAGACCUGCGUCGUUGCUGUUUUAGCAGCAUUGCCCACGAAGCGUUUUUGCUGUGUUUUUCUCACAAUCAGAAGAGGAGUCAUGUCAGAAGAAACAGUAAAGGAAUCACAGUUUUCCUUGAAGACAGCAGUACUAAGAGUGUUUGAUCUUCCUGUGUCUUGGUACUAUUCUCUCUCCCAGAUAAAAUUUUCGCCAGUAGCAAAAAAGUUGUUUGUGGUAACUGCAGUGAGUGCUGUGUCUGUAAUUUUUCUGGCCCAUCAUUUUAAAAGAAAACGUGGAAAGAAGAAAGGAAAAAUAUUACCAUGGGAACCAGAGCACCUUGUACUUGAAUAUGCUAAGAGAGCAGCAUCAGACAAAGGUUCAAGUUGUUCCAGUAGUAGACAGAAUUUGACGUUAUCUUUAAGUUCUGCCAAAGACAAAGGAUCUCAGUCUUGUAACUAUGCUAAUGGAGGACUUUUCAGUAAAUACUCAGGUUCUGCACAGAGUUUAGCCUCUGUCCAGAGUGUCAAUUCUUGUCAUAGCUGUGCUUGCGGCAAUUCUAACUCCUGGGACAAAGCAGAUGAAGAUGAUAUUAAACUUGUGAAUAUUCCUGUGACCACUCCUGAGAACUUAUACUUGAUGGGUAUGGAAUUGUUUGAAGAGGCGCUGCGUCGAUGGGAGCAAGCUCUCACUUUUCGAAAUAGACAGGCUGAAGAUGAAGCCUGUGGUUCUAUUAAAUUGGGUGCAGGAGAUGCCAUUGCUGAAGAAAGUGUAGAUGAUAUUAUUAGUACUGAAUUUAUCCAUAAACUUGAAGCUCUGCUGCAAAGAGCAUAUCGUCUCCAAGAGGAGUUUGAAGCUACCCUGGGGGCAUCUGAUUCUAAUUCCCUGGUUAAUGAUAUUGAUAAAGAUACAGAUACCACCAUGAAGGGGAAUAUGGAUGAAUUUGGCCUGCGAGACACCUUGAGCGUUGCAUCAACUGAUUCCUUUGCUUCAGCAGCAGAGCUUGCAGAGCACAGAGAAGUACGGCAUACCUACAGACUAGAGUCUUUGUGUCAUUGCCCUUUUUAUGAAGAAGCCAUGCAUUUAGUUGAAGAAGGGAAAAUCUACUCAAGAGUGCUUAGAACUGAAAUGUUGGAGUGCCUAGGAGACAGUGAUUUUCUUGCCAAACUUCACUGUAUUCGGCAGGCUUUUCAGGUAAUACUUUCGGAAACAGCCAACAGGAUAUUCCUUGCUGAGAGUGGAAGGAAAAUUUUAUCAGCAUUAAUUGUGAAAGCACGAAAGAACCCAAAGAAGUUUGAAGAUGUUUUUGAUGAAAUGAUCUAUUUUUUAGAGCAGACUGAUCACUGGGAUAGUACUGAAAUGGAACUUGCUGCUAGAGGAGUGAAAAAUCUAAAUUUUUAUGAUGUUGUUCUGGAUUUUAUAUUAAUGGAUUCCUUUGAAGAUUUAGAAAACCCACCGACAUCCAUACAGAAUGUAGUAAAUAAUCGCUGGCUAAACUCCUCCUUCAAAGAAACUGCCGUGGCUUCAAGUUGUUGGUCAGUGCUGAAACAGAAAAGGCAACAGAUGAAGAUCCCAGAUGGAUUUUUUGCCCAUUUUUAUGCCAUUUGUGAGCAAAUCAGCCCUGUCCUUGCCUGGGGCUUUUUGGGUCCUAGAAAUUCUCUCUAUGACUUAUGUUGCUUCUUUAAGAAUCAAGUUCUUUUCUUUCUCAAAGACAUUUUUGACUUCGAGAAGGUGCGCUAUUCCAGUAUAGAGACUUUGGCUGAAGACCUCAUGCAGUUACUUAUUCGCCGCACUGAACUUCUCAUGGCCUAUCUUGGAGCUGAUGCACUGAGGCACACAAGCAGCUGUCUAAGUAGCCAUGCUCACGUAAUGUCCAGUGGCCUGUUGGAAGCCAAAGUACAAUAAGUACCAUUAAAACCAUAUAGUUUGAGUGUGCUAUGAAAUAUUUAAGGUAACUAUUGAUUUUGUACCAUGUAUCACAAGGAACUGGGGGAUAUGGACUCAGGGAGGGAAAACAAAUCUGGUCAAGAAUGAGUGACUGUACUGUAUCUACGCAGAAGUUCUGUCAUUGAAUCCCUGUGUCCUGUACCCAAAGUGGCGCUUUCUAGUCUUUAGGUAAUAAUUCAAGUCAUGAAAUGUUGUGCAUUUUACAGAACUAUUUGCUUGAAUUGAAACCAGUACUCGGGAGUUCAUUGAUUUGUCAUCCCGCAGCUGUCUGCGGUGUCCAGUAUCAUUCUCGAAUGCUCUGUUUUUAUGCUCUGCACCUUGAAAAUAGACACUUUAGCCAAGACCUUUGUGGUCCCCUUCUGUAAGAAUAUCUUACUCCUAGUGUCAACGAAUUUAACUUUGCCUGAAAAUGUAUUUUUCAUUGUAAAGUUAUUUAUUGUUCAAUCAAGUUUAGGUGGUAGUGGUGUUUAAUCUAUACUACUUAAAUUAUUGCUUGUGCAUCCGCUCAUGUUUGAAUCAAAGAAAUUGUAAUGGUCAAGUAUCAUCAUAAAAUAUUUAAGUGAAUUGACACUGAGAAGUUUACAAGUUAAAAGUUUAUAUUGGAUUUACUGCAGUUUCCAGAAUAUCUUAUUGUUGGUCCUGUAAGUUAGAAUAACGAAACUGAAGAAAUUUCUUUUUAUCUUUUUAUAGAUUAGAGCGUUUUCCCUUGAAUAUUUAUUAAAAAUAUAACAUUUAUUAACUAUGAGAGGUAAUUAAGAUUUUUUUGUGUGCAGUUUUGAAACUGUCUUCUCAUAUCUGAAGGAAUUAAUCUGGAUAUAGUAAAGUAAUUUGUCCUUCCUUCUUCUGUAGAACUUACAGCACACUGGGAAUUUGUCAUAUUAUGUCCUUAUUUUAAAAAUACUCAUGCUUUGACUCUUAAUAAGGUUUUAAAGGGUUUUUUUUCCCUCUGAAUAUAGGACAAAAUAUUUUUUAAUGGCAUGGAAAUAGAUUUCAUGUCCUUUAUGAUAAAAUAAAUGAACAAAUGGGUUGUUCAUUUGAGUAGGUUGGUUCUUCAGAGUGUAUUAGAUACAUUCAGAGCUGUGUUAAUUUUGUUUGUAAAUCAUAUACCACGUAUUUAAAGUGGCUCAUUUAGCAUAUCAGUGAAUUGGAUUCUUGAUUUUGCUCCUAAGGUGGACUUUAUUUAUUUUAGGAGGGAGUUACCCAGAAAAACCUAAAAUAUAUUUUUUAGAAAUGAAGUUUUAGAUUAAAGUGCCUAGUUUCUGAUUAAUGAAUAGAAAAUGAAAAGUGAGGAGGAAAAGCAUAAUCUUUUUAAGUUUUAAAUUUACAUUUGUGCCACAUUUAUGUAGUAUUAGUUAAAAUAUGAGUCUCAGAAAAAAAAAUAUGAGUCUCAGAAUCGUUAUGCUGUUGCAUGUACUAUGUCCCAUAAUGUGUAGGUUAUAGCAUUAAGCAAUACGAAAUGUUGCUCUGAUAUUUUUAGCUCCUCACGUUUCUUACAUAGAUUCUUAAUUUAACAAUCAGCUGUUCAUAAUUCUUAUUAUUGAUGGAGGAAUGAAAUUAGAAUUAUCAAAGCUUAAAAAAUUCCAUUAUGUGUUUAUUUUUUAAUUCAUAUCUUGUAUUUUUAGCUUCUUGUUGAGGUACCAGUAGCCUUGAAUGAUUCACACACGUGUGUGUGUGCAUGCACACAUUCCCAUCAUUAUGUAGGCAAGACCGGUAUUGCUUAUAUUAAUCUUCCUGUUGGGUUAGGCUAAAUGUUUUAAGCUGUGCUUUUAUAAACAAAGCUAUAAGUAAUCUUAAUUACAUUUUUAUUUGAGGAGGAUAUUGUUUGAAAUCUAUUUUGAAGAAUUGCACUAUUUAAUAAUGCUGCUACUACAUAACUCUGGGGAAUUUAUUUCAUCAGAUAAGAUGAAUGGCUUUCCAGAAAGUGGGUUUUUUUACAUUUUACCUUUUAAAAAAAAAAAAAAAGUUGCCCAUAUUCAAGAGAUUGGUUUGUCAAAUUCAGUGUUUGAGUUUGAUUCGUUUCUGGUCAUGUAACUGCUGCUUCAGCAAAAUGCUUUCUUUGUGGCCUUUGAGAAAAGAGACAGGAGUGACCAAAUAGAACUUCAGGGGUAAUAAGUAUAGAAAAAACCUCUCUAUUGUAAGGGAAGAAACUUGAACUUUUUAAAAGAAACAUCUCUUAAAAAUUGUUCUGACCACAGAAGAGUACUUAAGACAUAUGUACCAAUUUCAGGUUGCCUUGAAAUUGGGCUAAACAACUAAAGGAAUGUUUUAAGUAAUAAAAAAUGAAUAAACUAGUCUAGAACCUUUUAGGAAAAAAAACCCUGUUUGACACUUAAUCAUGCUAGGACUAUGAGAAAAUUGCCAUUGCCACUACCAAGUCCCACUACCAUCCAUUACCCUGUGUCCACUAUAAUAUUCAAGAGGGCCUUGAAUUCAUCCUGAAAAAGUGGUUUUUUCCUCCUGUUUUCUGGAAGAAAAAAAAAUCUGUGUUCAGGUGAUUUGUUUGGUAACUUUUUUUUUUCCAUUUUGGUUUCUUUAGUUUUGUUCUAAAGCUCUAGUUUUUUCACUUAAGACUUACAGUGUGUUUAUUAAACAUCAAAAUGAGAUUUUUUUUUAAAGAUUUUUUUAAAAGAAGCCAAGUUUUUUUUUUAGAAGCCAAGUUUUUCAUACUGUUUUAGUCAGCUCCAAAAAACUUUCUCAUAAAAAAGUACUGUUUAUUUACAUCCAUUUAUCUCGAUUCUAUUGUUAAAUUACCUGACUUUAUAAAAAAUAUUCACUUUUUCUUGCCUUAAGAUGUAACAUUUUCACACCUGAAACUGAUGUAACAUUGUCAACUAUACUUCAAUUAAAAAAAAAAGAUGUCAUGUUUUCUACUUAAAUGAUUACCUAAAGAGUGAUUAUUUGCAUCACGAAAGAAUUUAAACCAUGAGAUAGGAAUGCCAAAGGAAAAUUAAUAUAUUUCUCUGUGACCCUUCAUAAUCAGAAAUUUCAAAUUAUGUUCAUGACAUAAUUUGCUUUUAUUUUAAUGUGAAUACGUAUGAGGAAAUUAUUUGAAUAUACAUUUCAAAGUGAUUAAAAGAAUUAGGCGGAGUUCAAAUCUCUUGUUUUAUGCUUAGAUUAAUUCCAUUUAGAAAUUUCUCUGUGAGACUUAAGAAUUUGUAUAAUCUGUGAUUCAUGGACAUAGGGGCAUUCUUUGUUCCUAACGAUUACAUGAUGCUACUGUUUUGGUUUGUCGGGGAACAACCGUGGAUCGCCUUGACUGGGCUCACACUAGGAAGUGUGUCUGUUUCCUGAACGCCAGGGGAAGCUCUAGCGGAGCAGAAACCAAGUAGCCCUGGCUCUUUAGCUAAAGAAGCUGUAACAUGGAUGUAGUUCUGCUGCUGCCAAAUAAAAAAGCGAUGGCACAUGUCUCUGA